AUGAUUCUGUCGACCCAAGUCCGUCUCUUGCGACGGACCCGCCUAUCCGGUCGGCACCAUGGAUCUCUGCCGGCUGUCAGUUCGUGCUUGAUCAAUCGAACUAGGCCAGUUCCCCCAACCAGGCCCGUCCCAUUCGAAGUUCGACGAUCACAAUCGAGUGAGAACCAAGUCGGAUCGCUAAAAGCACAACCGUUGAACCAUACGCAUUACACUCCACCCCAGACUGGCCUGAUCGCUUCGUUGCCUCCAUCCUGGAUUCCGUACGCAGAGCUGGUGCGAUUGGAUAAGCCUACAGGAACAUACUACCUCUUCUUCCCAACUCUUUUCUCUACCCUGCUUGCCGCCCCGAUGGCCGGCUCCGCAACGCCAUUGGAGGUAUUUGGGACAAUAGGCUUAUUUUUCACUGGAGCUUUGGUUAUGCGCGGCGCGGGCUGUGCAGUCAAUGACCUGUGGGAUCGCAACCUCGACCCUCAUGUUGAGCGCACAAAGUUCCGGCCUAUUGCACGGGGAGCAAUCUCCCCCAGGAAUGCCUUGGCUUUCACAGGUACUCAGUUCCUGGCUGGGCUCGGAAUCUUACUGCAAUUCCCAGCCAAAUGUCUUUGGUACGGCAUACCGAGCGUCCCCAUCGUGCUGGCAUAUCCAUUGGCCAAGCGUGUCACCCACUAUCCUCAGGUUGUGCUUGGUUUGGCCUUUUCGUGGGGCGCCAUCAUGGGAUUUCCAGCCUUGGGGGUUGAUUUACUCACUAACCACGAUGCUUUGGUGGCGGCAGGCGCGUUAUACUCUAGCUGCAUUGCUUGGACAGUCCUUUAUGAUAUGAUUUAUGCGCACAUGGAUAUUAAAGACGAUGUGGCUGCCGGGAUCAAAUCGAUCGCUCUGCGCCAUGAGCACAACACGAAGGCCGUCCUUACAGGCCUCGCGGCUAGUCAAGUAGCUCUCCUUGGGGUCGCCGGCGUUGCUGCAGGUUGUGGACCGGUAUUCUUUGUUGGCAGCUGUGGCAGCGCAAUCUUGUCUCUAGGUCUUAUGAUCUGGAAAGUCCAGCUCAAGAGUGUUUCAAACUGCUGGUGGUGGUUCAAGAAUGGAUGUUUGCUAACAGGCGGGGGGGAUUAG